AUGGAUGUUAGGGCGGAUGGGGGCGGGGGUGCUAACGGUGCUCACUACGGUGGGUUUAGAGGAUCGCCGAUGGUCGGCAGGCCUAGCGCGCUCCAAUCUUCUUCGGCUGCUCCGACUGCCGUUGAAGUGGGGGGAUCGGCAGAGGGGCGGCCUGCGGGGGUAGUAGCGGCGUCGGGCGCAACCGCCGUGGGGAGCAAGAAGCGGAAAGCGGGGAGCGGCGGCGAUGGCGGCGGUGGCGGCGGUGGCGGCGGCGGCGGCGGCGGUAGCGGUGGCGGCAGCGCAGGGGGCGGGGGAGACGGCGACGCCGGGAGGGACGAUGCCGGGCCGGCCUUGAAGAGGCCCAAGCCUCCGCCGAGCUUCUCGAUGGCUACGUUCUCGGGGGGGCUGGACGGCUCGGAAGGGCGCGGCAUCCCUUCGGCCGAAUUCGUGGGGUCAUGCUUCCGUAAAGGGAGGAAGGACGGACUACUGCUCUACUACGUCGAGAAGGCGCCCAGGGACUACCCUUUCGAGGUCGAGUCGAAAGCGGCCGGAGCGGCUAGCCUCGACUGGUCGGUGAUGAGGAAGCACCUCAAGGUGGACGCCUUCUGCAUGGAGACCUUCCGGUGGUACGGGGCUAAGGUGGCCGAGGUGAGCGAGGAGCGCAAGCAGGUGAAGGUGCACUUCAACGGCUGGAAGUCCAAGUUCGACGAGUGGAUGGACUGGGAGUCAUUCCGGCUGGCCCCCUGCGGCUCCCGGUCCUCCGCAAAGCGAGAGGGCGAGAGCGCUUCCACCGCCGCUAGGAAGGAGAGCUUGACGCGCUGCGUGCUGGUGCCGGCCCGACGCACGGUGCGCAUCCGGAUCAACUGCGUCGAUGACUGGUGCAUCGACUACUCCGACACCAACCACCCAGUGCUGUGGAUCAUCAGCGGCCAUGCGUGGUACAAGGUGGCAGGGUCAGGCUGGUGGGACUUCGUAGCGCCGCACCCGAUCUACGCCCCGGUGUUCGAGCCCUCCAGAAAGUCGUUCGCUCUCACGUGCUUGGUGGCUCGUGCACUGCAAUCGAGUCCUACUUCAAGCUUGGCGGCCGUGGGGCGACGUGUGUCGCAGAUCACGUCGGGGGUGUUUGAGACGCGCGAUAUCGUUGAGGAGCAUGAGGUGGUUGCGGCUACGAUCGCGGGGAUGGGCGCUCUGAGCACCAAGAAGAAGCCGGACAACGCGGAAGGUAUGCUAGAUGGUGUCGGGGAGGACGGUCCGGGGUCUUGGCCCGGCGCGAACGGCGACAACAACGGAUCGUCAGACUCGGUGGAUGCCAAGGACACGCUGUUCUUGAAGGAGCUGGCGACGAAGGGGCAGGAAUGGGAAGCGAACGGCCGCUCCUUUGUCCGGCGGCCGCCCCCGCCACCGAUACCGCCGCCUGCCGUCACCAGGCCUCCCCCCGACAGGCGAAUGCUCACCGCCCCCGACAGAGGGCCCUUCUCCAGACCAGCCCCGAACGCGUCCGCCACCGCCGCCGCUUCCUCCUUCAAACCCGCUGCAAACGCGGGCCCGAUACGAAUUGCCGCCAACUUGAACUCUAUGGGCGGCGGAAUCAGGACAGGAGGGGGAGGGGGAGGAGGGGUACUCUCGGGGAGCUACAAGGCGGAGGGCAGCGGCGCCCCCAAGCUGAUGGGAGGACCGAAACCUGGCGUCCCGAAACCUGGUGGCCCGAAGCCUGGCGGUCCGAAGCCGGGUGCUCCUAAGCCUGCUGCUCCGAGGCCGGGUGCUGCUCCGAGGCCGGGUGCUGCUCCGAGGCCGGGUGCCGCUCCGAAACUGAGUGGUCCGAAGCCGGGUGCUCCGAAGCUGAUCGGAGCGCCGAAACUCAGUGCCACGAAGCCUGGAGUGCCGAAGCCGAGCGCUCCGAAGCCUGGAAGUCCGAAGCCGAGCUCUCCGAGGCCGGGUGCUGCUCAUAAGCCAAGCGCGAAGCGACCACCAGGAGGUUCGAAAGGAGGGCCAAGACCAGGCGAGACAGUGGGAGUUCCCAAGCAAAUGGGCGGCGGUGGGAGCGGUGGGAGCGGUGGUGUUGGUGCUGGUGCAAAACACGGGGGCGGAGGAGGAGGAGGAGGCGUGAUGAAGCAGGGGGCGAGCGCGAUGAGGCAGGACCCUCGAGGCAUGCAGCAUGUGCAGGGGGGACGAGGCGGCGGCGGCAUGAAGCCGGCCGGAGGGGGCGGCGCGAAACAGCGGGGGGGGAGAGGAUCGGGUCCGAAGGGGUCCGGCGGAGGGGGUACGAAGCGCGGAGUUGAGGGGGCAGGAGGUUUUUUAAGCCAGGGACGCGGGGCGGGAACGGGAGGCGGAGGAGCGCUGCCGAGACCUGGGUCCGCCGUGAAAGCGGUGAAAACCGGCCCGACUGCGGAGGAGAGGCUUCAGCAGAGGAUCGCGGAGAAGCUGGAGAAGCAGGCGAAGGCGGAGAAGCUUGCGAAGGAGAAGGCAGCGAAGGCGGAGAUGUUGGCGAAGGAGAAAGCGGAGAAAGCGGAGAUCGCGGCCAGGGAGAAAGCCGAGAAGGCGGAGGCGGCGGCGAGGGAGAAGGCGGAGAAGGCGGCGAGAGAGAAGGCCGAAAAGGAGGCCGAGAAAGAGAGGAAGGCGCUGGAAAAGAAGCAGAAGCUGGAGCGCCAGGCGGAGGAGAAGGCAAGGCUGCUGCUAGAGCGCCAGGCCGAGCGGCAGGCUGCACACGUCAAGAAGCUGGAGAAGCAGCGCGAGAUAGCGGAGGAGAAGGAGCGCGCUCGCAGGGCAAAGGAGGCGGAGCGCCUGGCCAAGCUGGAGCAAAAGAGGCUGGAGAAGGAGGCAAAGGACCGGGAAAGGGCGGAGCAGCAGGCCAGGGAGCAGGCCAGGAGGGGCAUCGAGAAGGAGAGGGCCAGGCUGGCCAAGCGGUACCCGCUCCCGGACGAGGAGCUUCGGCAAGAGCAGCUCCUGAUGGGCAAACAGCCGGCGCCGUGGCCGGAACCGGGGAAGCUACCUUGCCCAAGGGGAUUCCCGCCAAGCGCGUUCGGUGACGUGGUCAGUGCUUGGGCCUGCCUCCAGCUGUUCGGCACCCUGAUGCACCUGAAGAGGUUCAGCCUGGAUGAACUCAUGGUGGGGCUCGCCAACGGCGCUCCCGAGGUCCAAGCAAGAGACGGGUCGUCCCCUUUCCCGUCACAGCAACAACAAAACGACCACCUCGGCACGGCGUGGGCGGGGCACACUAGCGAUGGUAACGCCCCCACCCCGUUCUUCUCCUCGCAGGCGGGUGGCCCUCCUGCCGAUGCAGCGGAAGACCUGCUGGACAUCAUCCCCGCCCCGGUGGGGUCCGGUCCCAACGAAGACGCCGGCGGCGUGGGGGGCUACGGCCUGCGGUGCGGCCGGGAGGGGAAGCAGGAGACGUACUGGAGGAACCUCCUGCCGUCGGUCAACCGAGCAGGGGGCGCCGCGGGGGGUGGCGGCGCGGGCCCCGGCAACGGCGGCGGCGGCGGCGGCGGCGGCGGGGGUGGCGCCAACGGGGAGGCGGUGGGGGCGGGGGGGGGGGGGGGGGCGGCGCCGCCGCCUGGAGACGACGAGGAAUUCGGCGGGGCCCCCGAGACCACUCUUCCGGGGCUCCGUGACUCGAGGGAGCUUGUCCAGGCGAGCCCGCACGGUUUCCCCGAGCUGCUGAGGCUCGUGGCGAUUCACAGGGAAGGGCUGCUCCGGCGAGUGGAGACCCGCCGCAUGGCCGCCGCCCGCGGUUUCGCUGGUCUCGGCUUCCGGAGGGAGGGGGCCAGGGGCCGCGACGCGAGGGUUCUCCAGGCGAGGGUGCUGGACCCGCUGGGGGAGGUGAUGCGCAUCCUGCGGCACCUGCUCAAGUCCGAGGAGGCCAAGCCGUUCGCGGACGUUCCUUCGGACGAUGACGUGGCACCGGAGUCGGAGAGCGACCUGGGUGACGACGGGGGGUUCGGCGGGCAGGGGGAGGGGGGGGUAGUGAAUAAGGAGGAGGAGAAGGAGGAGAAGGCCGAGGUGAAGAGACCGCUGGACCUGGGUACGAUCCUCAGGCGGGCGGAGAACGGGUGGUACGACCUUGAGCCGGGGGCUGAGCCUCCGGUGGAGUCGAACAGCUUCGGCGCGGGGCAUGCGGGUGUAGCGUACGAUGUGGAGCUGAUGCAACAGGGCUGGUUGGAGGCGAAGGGCGCAGACAGCGCCAUCUUCGAGCAGGCUCGCGGGGUGGUGGACGAGUUCCUUGCUCUCUACGAGACUCACGUCCUCAAUCCGCUCGUAGAAUUAGACAAGGACAUCAGGGGUUCCACGGCGGUGGCGGCGGCGGGGAGGGGGGAGUUGGAAGAGGGGCGUGUCCUGCUCCGGUCCGACACGGACUCCGAAGACGCGAGGCGGGGCGCAGCUGGGUGUAACGACCCCCUAGAGAUGGUGAGGCAGAUGGGGUCGGAGGAGUACAAACGGUGGUCGCCGGCGGCGAGGAGCCGGGCUCUGGCUUGGCUCUGCGACGAGGCCCUGUCUGCCGCGACGAUGAACGACCUCGUGAAGAAGGUGCAGGAGGCGAAGGAGGUGGUGGACAGGAAGGACCGAGAGAUCAAGGCUGCGGUUCGGCAGAGGCUUCGAGACCAGGAGGCUACGGAGGCUAGAGGGUUUCACAACCCCCACAAUCGUCGCAGUACGGAGGCCGAGAUGAUCACGGCUCGGAUGCUGAUGGAAUCUCCGGAUGUCAAAACGGUUCGGGAGUUGGGUAGCGUCAAGGUCCGGUUGAAGCCGCUGGGGCUGGACCGCGAUCGCCGAAGAUACUGGCUCUUUGCCACUGGGGAGGCCUUGACCACCGGUUAUUCGUGGAGCACAACGAGGUUUGGGGGUGUUACGCCAGGGUUUCCCAGCUCAAGGCGCUCCACAAGUGGCUGGACCGUCGAGGCGUCCGAGAGCGCACCCUCAAGGCGAGCUGCCCUCCGAGAGCACCUGAUCGCAAACCUUGGCGUUAGCGCACAGGAGUUGGAGCCUGUUCGCAGGCCGUUCGGCGGAAGCAGCAGGGGGCGGUCGGACGUGGACAGGUUUGGCGGUGGUGGCAAUGAGGGAGCCGACGAAGGGGACGAGGGAGAGGAGGAAGAUGGCCAGCAGUACUUGGGCGAGCCAGCAGAGGUUGCUAGAGAGAAGGAGCGGGAGCGGUCGGCGGGACUGUCAGCCCUCAACAGUUGCGGGUUUGCAGCCGAGGAGCAACGGAGGGCGCUCAAGCGCUUGUGCAGCUCGUUCGCGGUGGACCUGCACAGUCUAAGGGCGGCCGGGCUAGCCUUCGAGCUCAAGACCUGCGGGUGGGUGAUGCGAGACCUUGCCGUGCACAUGGGGCCCAACGGUCUCGGGCUUCAACUGGACGUGCGGCACGGCGGGGUGGUGGUGGACGGCCUCACGGAAAUGCCGCCUGGGGUUUCCAAUCCGGGGCAGGCGGCGGGUGUUCGGCUUGGAGACCUCCUGGUAUCAGUGGACACGAUCGUCGCGGAGACGCCCAGGCGGCUGGCGCAGGGGCUGAAGGACACGGGGCUAUCUCAGUCGGGCAAGCUCGUCGUCGUAAAGGCGUGCGAUCGAUUUGUCAAGACGAACAAGGUGGAUACGUUGCUGCACCAGCCGUAG